GUUUUCGCCCGUCAGUGUAGACUCGUUGUGGGCUCUCUCUGUGACGCGGGUCACCUAUCGGCACGAUGCAAGGCGUUGUUCGCGGUUCUGUGAAUGUGACGCUCGGGCUCGAUUCGCCAGGACACUAGAUGACCAGAUGAUUCGAGCAGUGGCGUGAAAAGAAACCGGAACCUGAGAGAACAACACCUCCAAAUCUGGGCGUCAUAUCGACAUUUUGAUGGUUUUACCAAAAUUCGGACCUCAUGUGCAGCCUAGGCUUUAGAACACGCAAUAGUCCUUCACAAAAAACUUCCCUUCGUUGGGGGGACUGCUGUUUGACCCGCGCCAACUCCCGAUUAUAAUCCACACCGCGUCGGGCGAUCCCAACACUUUCCAUAGUUGAAUUUUUUGUUACCUACGAUUUUUAAACAAGGGCAAAACGUAAUUUGUUACACUACUACCUUAGGAAAUUUGUUAUCAAAUAUUUUGUUUUCUACAAUGUUUACAUUUAUAAUCACGGUAGAAAAUGUUCCCUAGUGAGACGUUAUCCGUUUUUUAUUGUUGUUAAUUGUUGUCUAUUAAAAUUAAGCUUUUUUUUACUUUGAUUAAAUAAGGCGCCCUCCGCAACAACAAGUUCAUCAGUCGGAUCAGCAUCUCAGAACAAGCAGAAGAUGCUGAACCUAUGGGGCGUGAUAUCGAUCGUGUUGUUCUACCUUUUAAUCUUGGCCGUCGGAAUAUGGGCCGGGCGCAAGAAGGAGGAGGGCAACGACUCGGAGGAGGAGGUCAUGCUCGCCGGCAGGAACAUCGGGCUCUUCGUCGGCAUUUUCACCAUGACAGCCACUUGGGUCGGAGGCGGCUACAUCAACGGCACGGCAGAGGCAAUUUACACGUCCGGACUAAUCUGGUGUCAAGCGCCGUUCGGCUACGCGCUCAGCUUGGUUUUCGGUGGCAUCUUCUUCGCCAGUCCUAUGAGGAAGCAAGGCUACGUUACGAUGCUGGAUCCUCUUCAAAAUUCCUUCGGAGAAAGGAUGGGAGGGCUUUUGUUCCUGCCAGCUCUUUGCGGUGAAGUUUUUUGGGCUGCUGGCAUCCUCGCCGCUCUUGGAGCGACGUUGAGCGUUAUUAUCGACAUGGAUCAGAAAACUAGCGUCAUACUCUCAGCCUGCAUCGCAGUAUUCUACACUCUUUUCGGUGGCUUGUACAGCGUCGCCUACACAGACGUCAUUCAACUAUUUUGCAUUUUUAUAGGUUUGUGGUUGUGUGUUCCUUUUGCUUGGGCAAAUCCUAAAGUUUUACCGCUAGCAUCUCAGGACGUUGAUUGGAUUGGAGAAAUUAAUUCAGAGGAUUUUUGGCCUUACGUGGACUACGGGUUACUCUUGAUUUUUGGAGGAAUACCUUGGCAGGUGUACUUCCAACGAGUUUUAUCAAGUCGCUCAGAGAGCCAAGCCCAAAUUCUAUCAUUUGUAGCUGCAUUUGGAUGUGUCAUCAUGGCAAUCCCUCCUGUCCUUAUUGGCGCUAUUGCUCGAGCCACGCCUUGGAACGAGACUGAAUACCACGGACCAUGGCCGAUGACCGCGAGGGAGACGUCGAUGGUGCUGCCGAUGGUGCUCCACUACUUGACGCCUCCGCUGGUUUCCUUCUUCGGGCUGGGAGCCGUCAGCGCAGCCGUCAUGUCCUCCGCUGACUCCAGCGUCCUCUCCGCGAGCUCCAUGUUCGCCCGAAACGUCUACAGGCUCAUCAUUCGACAGAAGGCCUCUGAGAUGGAGAUCAUUUGGGUCAUGCGAAUUUCCAUCGGAGUGGUCGGUAUCCUCUCAACAAUCAUGGCUCUCACCAUCCCAUCAAUUUAUGGCCUCUGGUCCAUGUGCUCCGACUUGGUUUACUGCAUCCUGUUCCCGCAGCUUUUGAUGGUGGUUCAUUUCAAGCACCACUGCAACACUUACGGAUCUUUAGCGGCCUACAUCAUAGCCCUCGUUGUCCGACUCAGCGGGGGCGAACCCAUGCUCGGACUGGAGCCUUUGAUCCACUUCCCCGGCUGGAACGGAGAGAAGCAGAUAUUCCCGUUCAGGACCUUGGCCAUGAUCCUAUCUCUCGGCACUCUGGCUGGUGUAUCUUGGCUUUCAAAGUGGCUGUUCAACACGGGUCGUCUCUCGCCGGAGUACGACUACUUCAACUGCGUGGUGAACAUCCCGGAGGACAUCCAGCGGGUGGGGACGCCGUCGGAGGGUGGCGAGCAGAUGUCCGUCCUCAACUCGGGGGCGAUGGGCCGCCUCUACGGGACCUCCGCGGCGGGCCUCGUCGGGAAGGACGAGAUGAACGGACGCGUGAACCCGGCGCUGGAGACGGACGACGACGACGCCGAAGCCACGGAGAUGGAGAAGCUCACCCGGAAGCGGCUCGCCUCCCUCGCGACCGGCGGCAGCGGGAAGGUCGCCGAUGUCGUCGGAGGAGGCGGAGGCGGCGGCGCAGGAGCCGCCCCUGGAGGUGGCUCUGGAGGUGUCAUUCGCCAGCCCGGCAUCAAGACCCAGGGCUCAACCGCUCUUUAGACGCAGGCUCAGCAGUGACCGUCAUAAUUGCUGAUCUUAUUCAUCCUCUCGAUGUGACGUUAUAAUUUCUUUUGGGAAGGCAAGAAUACCUGGGGGCAAGGUAAAUGAAGGUAGGCUCGGAUUGCCCUUGAACUUUCAAGUUUUUCAUCCGGAAUUUCGAUGAAAUUUCAAUUUUGCUUUGAAAUUUACUGAAAAAUUACCCGUAAUUUUAGACACAAUUUCAUGCAAUAUCAUGGAAAGCUGAUGAAAUUUCAUCCUAAAUUUCAAAGGUAUUUCAUCCGAAAUUUCAAUGAAAUUUUACCGAAAAUUUCAAUGAAAUUUCACCCAAAUUUCAAUGAAAUUUCAAUUGUUUUUACAUUUCUUGAAGAAUAGCUUGAAAUUUUACGACAUUGCAUGAAAUUCCGAAAAAGUAACUUUUACACAACAGGUAAGAUAGCAGUGCAGGGUCUCUAAUGUAUAUCGUCCCAAAAAGAUUUGUAAUAACAAGCAGUGUAAACCAUUACAAAAUUAUCACUCCGUAGGAAGCUUUGAUUUAUCUCUUUGCCAGAAGUAAGUAUCAUAUUCCCGAUUUUCGAAUUGACCUCUCGAGGUGAAUUCAAAACUGAAUUUUUGCAAUCAUCGAGUAAAACGCAGCAAACUACAGAUACUUGUAUUCUACUCCUUUCAGUCGUUUUGUUUGCAAUGGUGGUUCUGGCCGAAACUCAUCAAAAAAAAGUGUGCGACAUUCGAUCGCAAGGGUUUGCCAAAAAAGCGCACAAUAUCUUUACGGGUUGCAUACGACACAACGUAUUUUCACAAUCGCUCUCACUUUAUUAUCAAUCUUUUCCCCUGAAGUGGUAAACAUGCAUUUCUGCAAGAUGAUUUGAGGCAGCUCUGUGCAAACAUUUGAGCACUCAAGAGGGUCAUACGAGAGAUUGAGGUGGAGAAAUAGUAUGUUUGCAGAGUCCGUGAAAUUUAGUGUGAAACCGAUUGCUUCUAUGCUUAAAUGAGUUCUCAUAAUUGAUUUUAACGCACAAAGGGCAAACGCACCAUCCAUAUCUGUCCAAAUGACUCGUGCGUAAACCCGGCAUUGUUUGUAAGUGCAACAGGCAUCAUGGGAAGAUGUGUUUCGUAUCCGUCAUUACAUGAUUUUAAGCCAAUCGUAACUUCUUCUUUUAAGUAGUCUUUCCUCAACAGUCCCAAAGUGUUAUCUUCUUUUCAAACACAGCAUCGCUCUAAAUGAUACUUAGAUGUCAUCAAACUAUUUUUCAAGACGCGCAAGUUUUUUUUUAGAUGUCUUGUCACAAGAAAGUACAAACCAAUACUUUAAAACUAAAUCCUUGGCGAAAAUCAACCAUUCAGAUGUUCUGAGAAAAGGAUCAACGAAUGGCAUCAAAACGAAUUGCUUCUUAAUUAAUUGAGCUGAAUACAAUUUUAUAGAGAAGAUAGAGAGUGAGAGAAAGAAAAAAUGGCACACGAUGAGUAUAGUUUUCUUCAGAAAAGACUCGAAUUUUCAUUUCAAUGCAAAUUAAAAUUAAAGAUCGUAUCUAAUGAAGAUGAUAUCCAUUGAGCGUGUAUCCAAGAGAGGCACUUCUGAUAGGGUAGUGUUACUUAAUCUUGAAAAAAUUGUGUCGCUUUCUAAGGCAUUUAUUCGUUUGUGAACAAAAGAAGAUGAACGGUUCAAAAUAGGGCUAAAUAGUAAUGAAGCUUUCACUCCUAAAUUACCUACAUAAUAAAAUAAUAGACAAAUAGUAAGAUCAUUAUAUUGUUUCAAUUGUAUUUAUAAAAUCGGUAGUGAUUCCUCUGCGUUUUUCAUCUUCAAUAAUUUUGUUUUUAGAGUGUAAUGGCACAAUUGUACAUUAAGUAUUCCUCCUAUUAGAUGAUUUUUCCAUAUCACUCCGUCUCUUCUGGUUCCAAUUCUCCUCCAGGAUUCUUUCCUCAAUUUUAACUGCGCGGGAUUUUCUUUUUUUAUUAUUAGUGCGCAGUUCAUAAUAUUACCUACUGUUUUAAAGAGCUAGAGAUUUGAUCGAAUUAGAUUGAAUUUUACUAUUGUCUAUUUGUGGUCAACGUACGUGGAGUAAUCAAAGCAGUGAUUAAGAUGAGAUGAAAGGUAACAACUAAAUAUAGUGCGUAAAUUUCUCAUUUAAAAUAUAAAGAGUAAAAUAUUUGUAACUGUUAUAAUCUUCGAUGUAUGGAUAUAAAAGCUCUUGAGUGCUUUUGAAUUGAGAUCAUUAGGCCCGAUUGUUCUCACUUUUGAGGAAUUUGCAGAUGUUUGUCUUUUAUUGAGUCUGUUUUUGUUAAGUCUACAUUUGUUGCUCUAGUUGAUUCGUAAUUUCUGGAGAAUAUUCUUAUUAUACUAUUUAAAUCAAUAUGACUACAUAUCAAACGGUGUUGUUGCACUUUUGUGUACAUUUGCAUUUUCAUGGAUCGAAUACAUAUCAUAAAAUCUGUGAUAACACAUUUAAGUAUUUUUUGGUGCUAUACUUAAAGAGCAACUGUCUAAUUUCUAUCGCAAAUUUGUGAAAACAUAGUGUAAAAUGAAAUAUGUUUUCCUUAUUCAAUUAAACGUUUUAGCGCUCUCCUUUUUCGGUGCAGUAUCGCUGCAGAUAGGAAACUUUUGUAUCGUUUGACGUUUCUGAACAGUUAAAAAAUUAUAAUUGAAAUCUUGUAAAAAAAAGAUUAAAAAAGGAUUUAAAAAAUAUAUUCCUGAAUUAUUUGACAAUUUUGCUCCGAUGUAAGCUUCUAGUCACCAUUGACCUGAAGUAGCUUGCGGCUUGAAGAGGUCAGAUUUGCCUCUAAUAAAAAGCAAUCCGAUUUUAUAGCUCCCCUAAUUGCCCUGUAGUAAAGAGGUUCAAAGUUAGAGGAAACAAAACACGUACAUUGAAGAUGCAUCAAUCUCAAUCCAGCCAAAGUGCUGGUAAAAUGAUAUUGCGGACAAGGAUGGUAAUUCGGAACAACAUGGUCCAUGGGAGGUGAACUCAAAACAUACUGCCAACUGCCCCCUCUCUCAGCCUUAACCUUUGAAUCGUUUAGAUUCUGCUUUCAGCAUCUAUAUUCAUGUUGUUUUUUCCCGGAGGUUUUCAGAGCAGAUCCAGCAAAGUUGUACAUAAUGAUCCGUAUUCUGGAGUUUGUUGAUUUUGUUUUGUAUGUGUGAUCGUAACAAAUCAUCUUGGUUAUUAAUGAUUGAAAGCGUGCGUAAGGACUUUUAACCUUCAGUAUCCAUCGGCCUUUUCCUAAAGUAACGUACACUCUAAAAUGUAUUGUAAACCAAAUGUUGAAGUCGGAGGACAUUUUACUCAGUCGUCACAGAUAUUGGCACAGAUACAAGGAUACAAAUCCACCAAUUUUUUAAAACAGAUUUUCAAGUAAUUACAUUGUUGAUUAUUUUGAGUAACUUACAUGUCGUAGACUUGAUAUCAGUAGUUGUGACUCUUUGCAGUGUAAGUAAUGAAAAACUGAGUGUAAUACAUUAAAUUGCAUAGAGGAACAAAUAAAUAGAUCGCUUAUUUUAAAAUAAUCAAUGCAAAGAAUCAAAAGAACGCGCAUUAAUAGGGUUAAAUAAAAGCAAAAUGCCUACAGCCUUUCAUGGGGUUUCUAAUAUCCUUACCAGUCAAUGCAUGAAAUGCAAGUAGCAAAAUUAAAUAAAUCACAGACCACAUGGGGUCAUGCAUUUGUGAUUUAAGAACAUAUUCCUUAAUUUUUUAUCAUUUAAUUAUAUUUUUUAGUUCAUGAGAGGAUAAAAACCCACAUGGAAAAUCCUUAUAAUGUUAUUUUUUAUUUAGCUGAGUUCAACCUCAUCCUCUCAUUUCCUCCUUCAGAAAUGUGCGUUUAAAUGAAUCUUGAAUCGCAAGAAGGAUUUGCAAGAGCUAAAAGUCCUCCACUCGCUUUUUUACGAUCUGAGCUAUUCAGAGACUGAAAAGAAUGAUAGCCUUCAUUCGCAACUGAUUUGAAGGCGAAUGGAAGAGAAAAUUUUCUAUCGAAUGAGCAGUGUAUUUCUUUGAAAGACUGUUCCAGAUGUUCGCUUUCGACAGAAAUACACAUGCAGUAAAUGGUGUGAUAUAGAAUAAAUAGAAUUUAAUUUUAUCGUAAUCGAAAUGUAUCUUCGUUAUAACUGAUAAAUGUUUAUUGAUUCAUUGUUAUGGCUCUUGUAAAUUUCUUAGGUUCGGAACAUUUACAGAUUUCCGCUCUUUCUAGAUAGUGUUUAUUAUGUAUUGUAAUUUUUUCUUUCGUUUCCUUUUUUUGUUCCAGUUUUUGAAUGCCACCAUCUUAAAUGCGGUGCGUUUUUGACUCGAUUUGUCAAUUAUGAAUGUAAAGUUUAAAACAAACGAAUAAAUAAAAGGAAGUCAGUGUAAGAAGCUGUACAUCAUGAAAUUCGUGUAAACUAGAUAACCUACCUUUUAACUGUAUAAAAGUGUACAUUUUAUCGUAUGUAUCAUGGAAGCCAUGAAGUACAAUAUUUUAAUAUCAUAUUUACCUAAGUAUUGAAUAGAGCGUCGUAAAAUCUCAGAGAGAGAGGAUAAAAAGGUAGUUUUCUGUUCCAAGAAUGUUAGCAUUUACAAAUAUCAUAAUUUACCUAUUUCAUGAGAAAUCGGAGAAUAAUUAAAAAGUAAAGAAUGAAUGGGAAAAGUAAUUACAAUGGAAUGAAAAGAGGCAGUGUUGAUUUUAAUAAAAAUAGGGUGUAUUGCGUUAUUUAAUCUUCACCAUGACAUUCGGGACUCUAAUAUAAAAAACAAUACAAAUAUAUCCAAAA